AUGCUUUUCCAACGUACCCUUUUACAGUCUAAGAACGUUAUGUUGCGUCAGCAACCAUUGAGAACCUCUGUGAGAUUCAUCAGAACCUUCAAGCAAGAGGAACAACCAAGAUUGAGAAUCAAUUCCUUGGCUCCAAACUUCACUGCUGAGACCACUGUCGGUAAGGUGAACUUCCAUGAGUACAUUGGCAACUCUUGGGCUGUGUUGUUUUCCCAUCCAGCCGACUUCACUCCAGUGUGCACCACCGAAUUAGGUGCGUUUGCGAAAUUGAAGCCUGAAUUUGACAAGAGAAACGUCAAGCUCAUCGGUUUGUCCGCUGAAGGUGUCGAAUCUCACCAGAAAUGGAUCAAGGACAUCGAAGAAAUCUCCGAAUUGGACAAGUUCACCUUCCCAAUCAUUGGUGAUGUCGACAGAGAAGUCGCUUUCUUGUACGAUAUGGUCGACGAAGAAGGUUUCAAGAACUUGAACAAUGGUAUUGUCGCCACCAUCAGAUCCGUCUACAUCAUUGACCCUUCCAAGAAGAUCAGACUCAUCAUCACCUACCCAGCUUCUGUCGGUAGAAACUCCUCCGAAGUCUUAAGAGUCAUCGAUGCCUUACAAAAGGGUGAUUCUAAGGGCGUUGUCACUCCUAUCGACUGGCAACCAGGUCAAGACGUCAUCAUUCCACCUACCGUCUCUGAUGCCGAUGCCUCCAAGAAAUUCGGUGAUUUCACCACCGUCAAGCCAUACCUAAGAUUCACAAAGGCUUGA